CAAGUUUUCUCAAAGGAGUUCGGAUCGAAAUCAGUUAUUUUGAUUAUUGAAUUCUUACGAAAGAAUUAAAUAUCUAAUUUCAAAUAUAAACGAUUAAUUGAAAAAGAAAAAAACCAUCUGCAUUCGAUUGGAGCAUCAUUUUACACCAGCGCUUACUACCGGCGUCACGACUAUACUAAAUCAUGCAGUUAUCUCGUUGAUCGGAAGAAAGUUGGACGGAUCUUUACUUUUUUAGGUUAGCUCUAUUUACGACUGUCAAACUGCAUUGAAAUACUAUCGUUUUUCGGCAGUUGCAGUAAAUUUUUGGUCGAUGCGUUUCCGAUAAUUCUCUGUGGAGUUUUGUUCAUUGUUGCCAAUUAUAUCCUUUGUUUGAAAAAGAAACAAGAAAUCGUUGUUUGGAAGAUGGCUAGCACCUCGACAGAUCAGAACACAACGGCUCAGAAGACAUGGGAAAUGUCCAACAAUAUAGAAACCAUAAGCACGGUUGACGAAAUAUAUAGAUAUGAUCGUCAAGAACAACUUGAUAUUUUAGCGGCCAAACCUUGGGAAAAAGACCCCCAUUUUUUCAAGGAUAUUAAAAUAUCAGCAUUAGCUUUGCUAAAGAUGGUCAUGCACGCAAGAUCUGGAGGUACCUUAGAAGUUAUGGGACUACUCUUAGGAAAGGUUACAGCUAACACGAUGCUUGUCAUGGAUUCAUUUGCCCUCCCUGUCGAAGGCACCGAAACUCGUGUCAAUGCCCAGGCUCAGGCAUACGAAUAUAUGACUGCGUAUAUCGAGGCAGCCAAGCAGGUAGCUCGACAUGAGAAUGCUAUUGGUUGGUAUCAUAGUCACCCUGGAUAUGGAUGCUGGCUAUCGGGUAUCGAUGUAUCUACACAGAUGCUUAAUCAAAAUUUCCAAGAACCCUUUGUCGCCAUUGUGAUCGACCCUGUAAGGACCAUUUCAGCUGGAAAAGUAUGCUUAGGCGCCUUCAGAACAUACCCCAAGGGCUAUAAACCUGCCAACGAAGAGCCAUCCGAGUACCAAACUAUUCCCCUUAAUAAAAUUGAGGACUUUGGUGUGCAUUGUAAACAGUACUAUUCUUUGGAAGUGACUUAUUUCAAAUCUUCGCUCGAUCGUAGAUUAUUGGACUCUCUUUGGAAUAAAUACUGGGUGAAUACAUUGAGUUCAUCUAGUUUGUUAACUAACGCCGACUAUACAACAGGACAAAUAUUCGACCUUUCCGACAAGUUAGAGCAAUCAGAAGUUGCGUUGGGGCGGGGUGGGUUUUUAUUGGGAGGGACAGACCCUCAUGAUCGCCGAACUGAGGAUAAACUGGUAAAGGCUACCAGAGACAGCUGUAAGACUACAAUCGAGGUCAUACAUGGUCUUAUGGCGCAAGUUAUCAAAGAUAGACUAUUCAACCAAGUUGGAACUCCAAGCAACAGUUCUUAAAUUCACAUCUCUUUCAGACCGAAAAUUUCGAAUUAACAAAAUGACCGUGUCAUUUUCACCAACUAUAGAGUAAGGUCAAAACGAUUACAUUUGCAACAACAGAUUUUGUUGUGAUUGUACAACUAUGUGAAAUGUUAGGCCAUUGAAUGAUAAUAAAAUGAAUUCUCAGAAGUA